CUACUUGUACCCUUGUCAUCUACGCCAGUUGGAAUUGAAAUUAAACUGAGAAAUGGAGAUUUCUUCUGUAGGUAGCUCACACUUGAGGUUGAGGCGUCGUCUCCUCCUCAUCUUCAGCUGUAUUAUCUUAACCAUCGGCCAAUGCGGCGGCCCUUUGCUCACGCGCCUCUACUUCCUCCACGGCGGCAAGCGGGUCUGGUUCUCAAGCUGGCUGCAAACCGUCUCUUUUCCCGUCACGUUCAUCCCACUCGCCGCCGCGUAUUUCAAUCGCCGCAAGACCCAAGGCCCCGCCGCUAAGCUCACUUUCUUAACGCCCAAAAUCUUCCUCGCCUCCGCGUUUAUCGGCCUGUUAUUAGGCAUCGACGGUUAUAUGAACGCCUUCGGGGUAUCGAAGCUCCCCGUGUCCACCUCGUCGCUCCUACUCGCCACGCAGCUCGCUUUCACCGCCGGUUUUGCGUUCCUGCUCGUCCGGCAGCGGUUCACGCCGUUCUCCGUCAACGCCAUCGUGCUGCUGACGACCGCCGCCGCCGUGUUGGCGAUCGGCGCCGACGGGGAUAAGCCGGCCGGCGAGUCCACGAAGGAUUAUAUCCUCGGAUUCGUGCUCACGCUCCUCGCGGCGGCGCUCUAUGGGUUCUUCUUGCCGUUGAUUGAGUACACUUAUAAGAUGGGGAAAGAAGGGAUGACGUACGCCUUCGUUCUGGAGUUGCAGUGCGUGAUGUCCUUCUUCGCCACCGCUUUCUGCACCGUCGGAAUGAUCGUCAAUAAGGAUUUCCAGGCAAUUUCAUCGGAGGCAAGAGGAUUUGACUUCAAAGAAGGAACAUACUAUGUGGUCGUAAUAUGUAGUGCCAUUGUAUGGCAACUACUUCUCCUAGGAAUGGUGGGUGUGAGUUGCUACGGUUCGUCCCUUCUCUCCGGCAUUCUACUCGCCACCUUACUCUCCGUCACGGAGGUGUUGGCCGUCGUCUUCUUCAAAGAGAAAUUUGGAGCCGAGAAGGGCGUUUCUCUUGCCCUCUCCCUCUGGGGAUUCACUUCCUACUUCUAUGGUGAAGUCAAAAACAAUAAGACAAGCACGGAGGAUAGUCAAACAAAAGAUGAUGACCUUGAUAAUAAUAAUAAUAAUAAUGAUGAUGUUCUUUUAGAUGCUUAAAAUGCUCAUAGUUUACUAAGAUUAUGUAUGUAAUCCUAGCAAUGUGUUUGAUAAAUAAUUAUUAAUUGUAAGAUUGAGAAUCAAAUUAAAUGCAUACCAAUUAUAUUUUGUUGGAUCUCAA